AUGAGGGCAUCUGGCAAAGAGAUUGGUUGUAUGAGAGAAGACCUGCAACAGUCAGGCAUGGCUGUCAAAGAAGCUGCAGAGGAGAGGACUCGCAACAUUGAGGCACAUUCCAGGUACUUGGCCAGGUUGCCCCAUGAGUGUGAACCGUUUGGUCUCCUUAUUUACGAGGAUAUUACAUAUUGGCGACGAGGAAACGGGAGAACUCAGAGUCCGCUGAGAGUGACGACGGCGGGUGAGUUUUUUUUUUCUGAAGACGGCGGGGUGCAGUUAAUGUCGGAUGACGAAGAGACUGUGGCUGCCGGAGUUAUGGCUGUUUCCAUGUUAGGGUCGCUGGUUGCAUACGACUGUCAGACACAGACCUGGGAGGAGUUUUGUGAAGUGUUGGAACACUUUUUUGAAGCAAACCAGAUAACGGACGCUGGCCGGAAGCGAGCCAUAUUGUUGAGCUCUGUGGGCAGCAAGACGUACAGUCUGAUGAGGAACUUAUUGAGUCCUGAUAAGCCGGGGGAUAAAUCGUUCACGGAGUUGACGAGCUUGCUUCAGUCACAUUAUAACCCGAAGCCGAGUGAAAUAGUCCAAAGGUUCAAGUUUAAUUCAAGGACAAGAGUGGCUAAUGAAACGGUAACGGAGUAUGUUGCAGUGCUGAGAGAGCUGGCGCAACACUGUAACUAUGGUGACAGACUGACAGAAAUGCUACGUGAUAGGCUCGUAUGUGGCAUUGCAGAUGACCGCAUACAACGAAGAUUGUUAGCGGAGCCUGAGUUGUCGUUUGAAAAGGCCUUAAAGCUGGCACAGGCCAUCGAGACAGCGAAUAAAGACAUUCGUGAUUUACAACCAAGAACAAUCGAGGGGGUUGGGAGCAGGAGUGCUACCCCAUUGCCAGUGCAUAAAGUGGUGAUGGAGCAUAAACAACAAGGGAAGUCUGGUCAGUUUUCCUGUUACAGGUGUGGCGGUGAACAUCUGUCACGGAACUGUCGUUUCUUAAAUGAAAAAUGUCAUGCUUGUGGAAAAAAGGGCCAUGUGAAGAAAAUGUGCAGGUCGACGCCCUCUAGGGACCAGCAGAGGAAGGGGGAGAAAAAGAGCAGCAUAAAGGACAGAAAGGGAAACCGGGAAAUAAAACAACAGUAUGCACACCACAUGCGUGAAGCUGUAGACCAACAAACCAGUGAAGAAGAGGAAGUGUUUACUAUGCUUAACAUGAAAGAGUCAAGGAUGGAAAGAGUCGAUCCCAUUACAGCACAGUUGGACUUAAAUGGUAAAAUGGUCCAUUUUGAAGUGGAUACUGGAUGUAGUGUGACAGUUCUGUCAAAGGCUGAAUAUGGGAAGUUAUGGCAAGAAAAUGAAGCUCCGGAGUUGCAGGACUGUUCAGUGACCUUGAAAACAUAUACAGGUGAAAAAGUCCCCACCCUAGGGAUGGCAAAAGUAACUGUAACACACAAAGACAAAGUCAAACAGUUGCCGGUCAUGGUGGUGGCAGGUAGCGGACCAAACCUGUUAGGCCAGGCGUGGCUAAAGGAGCUGGAAAUGGGCUGUCUACAGCUCCAUAAAAUAGAACAGCAUCUGCUGACCUUGCAAGAUGUGCUGGAGAACAAUGAAGAAGUGUUCAAAGAGGAACUGGGUACCUGGAGGGGUCCACCAGCCAAGAUACACGUCAAAGAAAACGCAACGCCAAGAUUUUACAAAUCAAGACCCGUACCAUACGCAAUGAAGAAGAAAGUGGAGACUGAGCUGGAGCGACUCACAAAGCAAGGUAUAAUUGAACCAGUAAAGUUUUCGGAGUGGGCGGCACCCAUUGUUCCAGUAUUAAAGCCAGAUGAUACUGUACGCAUAUGUGGUGACUACAAACUAACCGUUAACCAAGUCUCAAAGCUGGAGCAGUAUCCAAUACCAAAGUUGGAGGAUUUAUUUGAAAAGCUGUCUGGAGGUGAAAAGUUUAGCAAAUUGGACCUCAGUCAUGCAUAUCAACAAGUCGUUCUGGAUGAAGGGUCAAAGUCAUAUGUCACCCUUAACACACACAAAGGUUUGUUCCAAGUUAAUCGUUUACCCUUUGGUGUUUCCUCUAGUCCAGCUAUUUUCCAGAGAAUAAUGGAGGGACUGGUGGCCGGAAUCCCAAAUGUGGCUGUCUAUUUGGACGACAUCCUGCUGACGGGUAGGAACAACCGCGAGCAUCUGGAGACUUUGAACGAGGUGCUGAGGAGACUGCGAGAGGCUGGUCUGCAGGUGAAGCGGAGUAAAUGUGCUUUCAUGGACAAGGAAGCAGAGUUCCUGGGUUACAAGGUGGAUGCAUCGGGCCUACAUCCCCUGCCAAACAAGGUAAAAGCCAUACAACAGGUACCUGCACCCACAAAUGUUACAGAACUGAAGGCCUACUUAGGCUUACUCAACUACUAUAAAGAAAGUCCCAGGAGAAAGUUCCUACCAAACCUGUCAACGCUGUUAGCUCCUUUACAUAAACUAUUAAGGAAGGAGACCGUGUGGACGUGGCAGGAGGAACAGGACAGAGCGUUUGAGCAGUCCAAGGAGCUAAUGCAGUCCUCAGAGGUGUUGGUGCACUACGAUAGUCACAAGGACUUAAUUCUGUCAUGUGAUGCAUCACCUUAUGGGCUAGGGGCCGUGUUGGCACACCGCAUGCCAGAUGGACAAGAAAGACCCAUCGGGUUCAUGUCACGAACCUUAACCCCAGCAGAGUCAAACUAUUCCCAGCUAGACAAAGAGGGUUUGGCUGUAAUUUUUGGAAUUAAGCGCUUCCAUAAAUACCUCUAUGGCAGGAAGUUUAUUGUUUGCACCGAUCAUAAGCCAUUGUUGUCGCUGUUCAAUGAGAUGAAAGCAGUGCCUCAGAUGGUUUCUCCCCGCAUUCAGAGAUGGGCUGUAACAUUGAGAGCUUAUGAAUAUGAGAUUGUUUAUAAGCCCGGGAAACACCAUAGCAAUGUGGACGUGCUGAGCCGCCUACCUCUACCUGGGCAUCCCAAGGAGGAGGAAACGGAGGACCGAGUUCUGAUGAUGGAGGACAUCACGUUGGUGUCAGCGAGGGAACUGAGCGGAUGGACACGCAAAGACCCUGUGCUGUCCAGAGUGUUUCAGUUGGUCCAGCAAGGCUGGGCAACACAACAAACUGAUCCAGUUUUUCAGCCCUAUGUGGUGAGAAAAACAGAGCUGAGUGUGCAAGAUGGAUGUGUGUUGUGGGGGGCACGAGUGAUAAUCCCUCCCCCAGGAAGAAGUGCACUUUUACAACAGCUGCACCAGGGUCAUGUGGGCAUCACCAGAAUGAAGGCCUUAGCACGAAGUUAUUUCUGGUGGCCCAAGUGGGACCACGACAUUGAUGUCGCUGUGAAAGAGUGUAACACCUGUCAACAACAUCGCAACUCACCUGUGGCUGCACCACUACACCCAUGGGAGUGGCCGAGUAAACCAUGGCAGAGACUUCAUAUAGACUAUGCAGGUCCUUUUAUGGGGUCAAUGUUUUUGAUAAUAAUGGAUGCUCAUUCUAAAUGGAUGGAUGCAUACCCAGUCAAAACAGCCACUUCCACCACUACCAUCGAAUGCCUGAGGAAAAGUUUCAGUAGCCAAGGACUACCAGAGACUAUUGUAUCAGAUAAUGCUUCAUGUUUCAUGAGUGUGGAGUUCAAGGAUUUUCUGGGAAAAAAUGGCAUCGUACACGUCACGUCGGCACCAUACCAUGCUGCUUCAAAUGGCUGUGCUGAAAGGGCUGUCCAGACCUUCAAAUCAAUGAUGAAAAAGGCCGGAGAAGGAAGUAUGGCAGCAAAAGUGUCACGGGUGUUGUUCAACUACCGCAUUACACCCCAGUCUACGACAGGAUUGUCACCUGCAGAGAUGUUGCAAGGACGGAGACUGAGGUCAACAUUGGAUCUGGUGCAUCCAAACCUCAGAGCUAAGGUGGAGAGGAAACAGUGGAGGCAAAAAGAACAUCAUGACCGACGAUGGCGAGAGAGAAGUUUCCACGUGGGAGAUGCAGUGAUGACUCGAAACUUCAGCUAUGGACCUAAAUGGAUUCCAGGAUUCGUUGCCAAGAGCACGGGUCCACUGUCGUACAAGGUGAUGUUGAAUGGAGGUUUCUUGGUGAGGAGACAUGUGGACCAGAUUCUGCGGAGCGAACAGAAGAAGGACUUCAUGGAACUGCAAGCCUCGGAAAUACCAUUAGUUUCUGGAGAAGUGCUCGCAGCUGCAGGAGGAUCCCCAAUCCUGGUGCCAGAGAAAGACAGCAUGGACUCGAAAGGAGAGGUUCCAGAGGGACCAACCUUUUCAGGGAUGGACACACCUGUACCAGAAGUGGUAAACGUGACACCUGAGUCACCUAGUGUGGUUCCAUUGCGACGUUCUAAACGUGUACUGUUUAAACCUAGUUACUUGAAGGACUAUAAGUGUUAA